UCUAGUAUUCGUCCCUCCCACCAUCAGCAAACAGCUGUCAACAUUUGAAGGCAUUUUAUUACAAUUCCCCAUACAAUGUUCAUACGAGCGUCUGUGCCAAGUUAUCGGAAAAUCAAAAAUGAACACGAAAACACAUUCACGGUGUUUUUCUUGGAGGUUUGGGUGUCUGGUAGAUUGCACACAGUGGAGAAGAGGUACACAGAGUUUGAGGAACUUCAUAAACAGCUGAAGAAAGUGAUGAGAACACCAGAGUUUCCUCCUAAGAAGGUUCUUAAGUGGAAUUCCAAAGUAUUGGAGCAGAGACGAAGUGGUUUACAAACUUAUUUACAGGGUACACUAGACGGUGACAUUCUCCCCAAAUCCCUCCUCAAGUUCCUGGGCAUUAGCAACUUCUCUGACAGUAUUGACUCCCUGGACAAGUUGAGCCAGGACAUGCGGGUCAGUCACCAGCCAGUCAUCUCAUUCCCCGCUGACUGUUUCCUCCAGGAGAAUACUACCAGUACCCUUCCUGACAUAGUUGCUGAGGGUGUGACGAGGGGUCUGUACUCCCCGGGAGACGCUAGCUGCCCAAGAUGACACAUACCCGACAUCGUGUUGAAUGUUCCAUAGCAUUGGUCACCAUAUACCUUGUGGGAAAAUAUGGAAAACAGUUUGGUAUCUAAUCUUACAGAUAUUGAAUGUUUUGUCAUAUCGGAGAUAAAUAUUUGUAUGUGUGUUUGUCUUUAUACGCCUUUAGCUUUACAUACAGACUUAUAGAUGGAAAUAAACUCAGAAUCCAAACAAGCCCAUGGGGCUAUUCUUUUCACAUUCUGCUUGCGCUGUGAAAGAAUAGUGUAAACUAGACAUGACAAGUUGUGUCUAAUGUGAUGUGAGGAUUGAGAAGUUCCAUUCCACAUAUGUGAAAAAACACCCAAAGAAUCCUGGUACUUAAGGACUAGUAAAAUUACAAUUUUAUUGGCCCGAAAAUUUCUUCUAGCCUCAAGCAUAUGGACCAGCAUUAAUUUCCAUCACAACUAGUAAGAACGGGAUGUUUGAAAUAUGGUCACAACCUGGUCAGGGAAACAGGUGUUUCACCUGGAUUUGAUUACUGGAUACGUUUAUGUGUACAAUAAUCACUGUAGGCACGCUGCUAGGAGAGGCUCUCUUGGUCAACUUCUAAUCCAAUUCUGAAAGGAAUUUUCCUAGACAUGCUACUACGACAGAAAAUUAAUCAUCCAUAUUUCCUUGUGUAAAUUAAACUUUU